AUUCUCUUUUCUCAGUUAUUGCUCUCUUCUUAGCCCACCUUUUUCUCAAGAAAAGCAAAAGCUUUCCCAAAGAUAAUAUUUUUCCAUCAUACUGCAAGUUUUUGAAAGUCCUUUCUUCUUUCUUAGGAAAAUAUUUUGUGGGUAUUUAAUUGUGAUUAAGAUAAAGAAAAAUGUUUGGGAGGGAGUGUUGCAGCUGGGAUAGUGUAUCUGAUUACUACAAUGUUGAACCACAGCGUUUUCAUUUGCCUUCACCCCUUCCACAAUGGCCUCAAGGUAAAGGAUUUGCUACAGGAAAAAUAUGCCUAGGUGAAAUUGAAGCUGUUCAAAUCACCAAGUUUAAGAAAAUUUGGGGUUGUAAUCCAUUAUUUGGAAAAUCAAAAUCAAUCUCAUUCUAUAAGCCAGAUGAAAUACCACAAGGAUUUUCAAUUCUUGGCCAUUACUGUCAGCCUGAUGGUGAGAACAUAACAGGUUAUGUUCUUGCUGUCAAAGAUUUAUCUGCUGAUCAGAAGCAAAAAAUUUCAUUUCGAGAUUCGACUUCCAAGCUUCCUGCUCUUAAAAAGCCAUUGAACUACACUUUAGUAUAUAGCGCGAAAUCCCUUUAUAAUGAAGUUGGUUACAUUUGGCUUCCUAAUGCACCAGUUGGUUAUAAACCGAUGGGCUUUGUGGCUACUGUUGAGGCUAAUGAACCGAAUCUUGAAGAAGUUAGAUGUGUCCACGCUGAUCUUACAGAAAGUUGUGAGGCUUGUGAAGUUGUUUUUAGUUCAAAUUCUCUUUUUGGAAAGAACCAAUUUCAAGUUUGGAAAACAAGACCCUGCGCGAGGGGCAUGUUGUGUAAAGGGGUUUCGGUUGGGACUUUCUUCUGCAGUACAAGUUUCACUAAAGGAAAUGAACUCAACAUUGCAUGUUUGAAAAAUCUCGACUCGUCUCUAAAGGCAAUGCCCAAUCUUGAGCAGGUCCAUGCACUUAUUAAGCACUAUGGACCAACUGUUUACUUCCAUCCUGAUGAAAUUUAUUUGCCCUCGUCCGUUCAAUGGUUCUUCAAAAAUGGAGCCCUUCUAUUUAAAGAUGGGAAGGACAAUGGUAUAGCGAUCGACUCUAAAGGCUCAAACUUGCCAGCAGGUGGACAAAAUGAUGGUAAAUAUUGGCUUGAUUUGCCAAAUAAAGAUGUUGAAAAUAGACACACUGUCAAAUGUGGUAAUAUUGAGACAGCUGAGCUCUAUGUGCAUGUUAAACCGGCUGAAGGAGGAACGUUUACUGAUAUUGCAAUGUGGGUUUUUUGCCCCUUUAAUGGACCAGCUACCCUUAAAAUAAGUUUGUUGAGUCUAGCCAUGAAUAGAGUAGGCGAGCACGUUGGUGAUUGGGAGCAUUACACUCUUCGUAUUAGCAACUUUUCGGGGGAGCUCUGGUGUGUCUAUUUCAGUGAGCAUAGUGGUGGUGAAUGGGUUAAUGCUCGUGAUUUGGAGUUCAUCAAUGGGAACAAGUCAAUUGUAUAUGCAUCAAGAAAUGGACACGCGAGUUUCCCACAUCCUGGCUGUUACCUUCAAGGCAAUACAAAGAUUGGUAUCGGAGUGAGGAAUGAUUGUGCAAGAAGCAAAUACUACGUCGACUCUAGCAGUAAGUAUCAAAUUAUCGCUGCUGAGUAUCUCGGAGAAGGAAUUGUUGCAGAGCCGCCUUGGUUACAGUACAUGAGGGAAUGGGGUCCAACGAUCGAAUACAAAUCGGGAUAUGAAGUUGACAAGAUAAUCAACCACCUUCCUUCUUUUUUUAGAAUUUCGGUGGAGAGUCUUAUUGAGUUAUUUCCAACUGAACUUUAUGGUGAAGCAGGGCCAACAGGACCAAAAGAGAAGAAUAACUGGUUUGGGGAUGAAAGAUGGUAGGCAAAGGCGAAUCCAGGAUCUAAAAUCAAUAGGUUCAAAGCAAGUACGGUCUUAUUAUAUGUACACAUUUUAAUUUUUUUAGCAUAUAUAUACAUGCUUCGAGCCAAAAACAAUAGGUUCAGUUGAACUCUCGGGUUUAGCACUACUAAAGUUAAGGGUUCAAAUGAAGAACCAUUUUUUGGCAGUUAUAUUUAAGUCCAAGCCAGUAUGGUUGACAUUGGUUGAUGAUCAAGUCCAAGUGUAACAGCAGUUAUAAAUGUAUAUGGUUCCUGUAUUAGUUUGUUGGUUGUAUUAUGUGCAAAAACCAAGAGAUUUUAGAAGGCAAAGUGGGGGAAAAGCAGGAAGGCUUGAAACUGUGAGAGAAAAUGUAAAAUUAGACUGUUAUUGCUCUUUGUGUGAAAUUAAAACUCUUGAAACCCUUUAUGUCCAAUAGAUAUUUUCAAGCUUUUAUAGCUUGUUUGGAUGGUUGUUACCUAUUGUAUUGUAUUAUAUUGUAUCGUUAUUUUAUUU